AUUGUGUUCAGUUGAAAUUUCGGCCGUGAAACGUUCAAUAUGAGAUUUAUUGGAAGUGUUUGCCUCUUGGCCAUGGCCAUUUGCCUGCUGCUGUCCGCCGUCAACGCGCUGCCAGUGCAAGUGCAAUGCAGCGACAACAACAACGGAACUCUGACGCAAACCUCGUCGGAUGGCCAACAGACACAGACGCAAACUGGACCCGGCUGCCAAACACAAGAAUCUGGAGAUGGACAGCAGAGCCAGAGUCAGAGCCAAAACGGCAAUGGCACCCAAACACAGACACAGUGCAGUGGCUCGAAUUGCUCUACAUUGCCGCCGCUCUUCACGAUGAAACCACUCGAAUGGAACACUCUUCCACCCAUGCAGUGGAACACUUUUCCACCCAUGCAAUGGAAUUAGAAAUGAACUACUCGACGCUCCACUGCAGAGUCAACUGAUAUAGGAAAUAGAUAUUUAUCUAUAUACAUUGACCUUGCUGUGCUUUAAGCUCUGUGUUCCAUUUAAUUGUGUUCAAUUAAUACUAUAAAUCUAGCUUAAGACUGUCAAGCCGUUAAGCACCUUGUCAGCUCUC